UGUUUUUAUUCAGGCAUAAAAUCAACACAAAAUUAACAGAAUGUGCAUUGCAUUACUUACCGUGGAGACCAAUUAACUGAGAAGCCCAGUACGAAGUUAAGCUGCACCAUGUUUAAGCUGGAAUCGUAUAUUACACCAAUAUUGCUAAACUACGUGGCGAAAUAUGUUAAGGACUUACGCGAUGAAGACGCACAGGUAUCGCUAUGGGAGGGUGAGGUGACAUUUCAGAAUCUGGACCUACGUCUGGAUGUGCUGCAAGAGGAGCUAAAUUUACCUAUUGAGCUGCUCUCCGGGCACAUUCACGAGCUGAGCAUUCAAGUGCCAUGGACAAAGCUAAUGUCAGAGCCAGUCCGCAUUGUGAUAAACACCAUAGAGUUUGUGGCGAAACUUCCCGACGAAGAAAGCAAAAAAAGCCGAGCAACAUUAUUUCGCGAUCAGCGAAGGAAACUCAAAGGCAGUCGGGCUGAGCUAGUGGAACCUGCGCCACCGCAAGCGGGCGCUACUAACUCUAAUACAGUCAACAAAAUCAUCAACAAUAUCAAUGUGCAAUGCCACAACAUUAUUCUCAAGUAUGUGGAAGACGACAUAGUUGUCUCCAUGAAUGUGCAGUAUUUAAGCUUCACGCCCGCCAAUGAAAAAUGGCAAAAUGGCAUGGUAGAUGUGCAUCCGGUGAAUGUGUGCAUGCGCAAGCUCCUGCAAAUUUCCGAUCUAACCAUAUGUCUGGACCAACGCAAUCCUGCGGGACGCAUUGACGUGUGCCAGGAGCCGGUGCUUUAUCGCUGUACGCUGGAAUGCCGCGUGCUGCGCAAACAUAAUAUUAACACCAUGAGCACCACAAGCACCACACGUAUAGGCGUCUUAACCAAAUCGCUCGACAUCAAUGUAUCCUCGCUGCAGCUGCCGAUGGUAAUGAGGCUUAUUAAAAUGCUCCUCGAUCUCAAGCCCGCCGACAUGGAUGAGGACAUAUUUACAAUUGAUGAACCAACGAUUGCACCUAGCGCUAGCCAACACCAAAAUCGAGAGGAACGCAAUACUGUCUUUCAAUGGGCUUGGAAUCUGCUGCCAAGGCUUACCGAUACCGGCGGAAGUCUGGAUUCAGGGGAUGUCAUUGGCCAUGCCUUCGAUGUGGGCGUCUAUGCAGAGCAACUCAACUUUAUGCUCAAGAACUCCGAGUAUUUUAUAGACCAGGCCAUGGGCAGCAUCAAACGAAUCAAAUACACGCCCAUUUUGCGCAUUAGCUUGGGCGGAAUUUACUAUGAACGCUCCCAGCUGAAGGAGGUAGACUGGGCGAAUGUGCGAGCGGGUCUGUCAAGCAUUUACAUGGAGCCAUUGGGCCCCUAUCGCAGCGACGAUCCCAUAGACCGAAGUUUACUGAAUACCAAAGAGUAUCAGAAUGAGCGUGCGUAUAUAGACAAGAGCCUGUUUGAUGAGUAUUACACGUUUGCGGAUCGAGCCUGGUGCAGCAACAACUAUGAUGAUUACUUCUCACGCAUUACGGAUGAGUAUAUGCUCUUCCGCAGUCCGGUAAUGGCCUUUGACAUUGUCGAAUAUCGCUCCUCGAGGACCAUGCCUAAGCAAGCAGCAGAAGUUGCAGCAUCAUCGGUGACCAACGAGUUGAAGGACUUUGGACUGCGUGUUAAGUACCGUCUGCUGUCCGCUGGCAUAACAUUCCAUUUUUCGCAGUCGUUUCUUCAGGUUAAAAAUGUAAUUAGCGAUUUAGUCUGCUCACUCAAUUACCAAGGAAUUCAUGCAGACUCCAAUAAUGACAAUGAACCGACCGUCGUGACCACCCAUCAGGAAUAUGCCAACGAGUUUAUGACCUACAAGGACUUUGAGUAUCUCAUUGGCUUCAUGCCCACCUGUAACUAUAAAAUCGAGCUGCGCGACAUGAAUGUGCAAUUCUAUCCCCUAACCAAUCAGGCCAGUCACGAAAGUCUAUCCAUGCUGCCCUACCUGCGACUUAGAGUGCCACUGGCCACGGGCAGCGUUUGCGGGCCAGCGAAUCCAGAGCGCAUUGUGCAGUUGAUCACCCAUCUGCAGGACAAGCCGCGCGAGAUAGUCGACUCCUGUUAUCUCACCUACGAGUUUGAUGUGAAGGAUCUAACGUUUACAGCGCUCAACACUUCGCCGGAGCAGCACAAUGCCAAGCUGAUCAACAUACCACGCAUGACGUUUCAGUAUAAUCGUCUAUUGAUGCCCGAGAAAUGGCGCACCAAUGUGGCAGCGCUGGAAUCAGCAGUCAUCACCGCCGAAAUCAUUAACAUGGAGUUCUCGAAGCGCGAAUUUUUGAUUGCCCAGCGCAUCAUAUUAAUGUGCAUUAGCUACAAGCCCAACGAGUUAGCAGCGCUGGCCACAGCAAUUGCCGAAACAAGUCCCUCCGCCGAUGUCAUCAGGCUGCAGACGCUGAUCAGCAAGCUGCGUCUGGGCUAUCGCAAAUAUCAUACCCACCAUGCCAUGCUCGCAUCGGUGCGCAACAUCAAUGCGGAUGUGCAUCACAGUGUGAUGAAUGUGCGCAAUGUGGUGUUCUCCACCAACAAAGGCGUAACCAACAAGUGGAUGGAGCUGCAGCUGCAGUUUCCCAUACCAGAGAGCGCAGCACAAGUGGAUCCACCGCCCAGCACAGUGGUCUGCUUAUGGCUGGAGAGCUUUCGGCUUACGCUCGAUGUCUAUUUGCUGCAGUUCCUCAAAUCCUUUGUCCAGUCCAUCGAAUGCACCGAAACUGAAACGGACACAGAUCAGGACGCUCCGUCAGAACGACAAAAUUCCUUUUCAAGCUUAUCGGUUACCUCAGCUGCGGCGUUUAAAAUGUCUAUAAAUGAGUUACAAGGGCGUCGCUUCAGUCGUCCCAGUCGUAAGAUCUCCAUACCAGAGGAGACAGUGCACGCCAGCUCGGAUCGGGACGAGAAGCACGCAAUUACGUUUGUUGUAAAUCCCGUCGCAACGCAGGCGCCGGAAACAGCGAAGCGAGACUAUGUAGCUCUUGUUGAGCGACUCUCCACGGUUGUCAUAUUCGUGGAGUCCGCCCAGAGCAGAAUUGAUGUGUGUGAGCUGAUGCGGCGCAAGAAGAGCGAGCAUAUAACGAUGGAGUAUACAUCUAUACAAUUGCCACGAGUGAAGAUCAAAUCCAAUUUCAGCUCAGUCGUUUCGCGUGGCAAUAUACGCUUGCUAGUGAAUCCUGCCAUCAAAUCGGAUCAGCCGUUCAACUGGAUAUUGGAGUUCAAUGAUUUCAUUAUACGCUAUCGCAAGGGCUCGCAAACGGAGACGCUGAUGGCGCCUGUGCGCACAACAGUCACAUUGGUCAUAUCACAAAAGAAACUGGUGGUGCCUGAAAGCAACGAUUCUAAGCAAUCGACCGAUGAAACUGAAUCUCAACCUUUCAGUUCCAUAUCAAGUGUUGCAGACUUAAAAAAAGUUGAUUGGGCUAAUGAAAAUGCUGAAACGGAAUCGGAUAAAGUGGUUACUUGGUGUGUCAAUGUGCACAUUGAUAUGUCAGCUAUAUGUUUCUAUGGACAUCGUUUGAAGCUGCUGCAUGAACACUUUGGCAUACUUUGCACCAUGUACACAUCGUUCCGCAUGUCUAGUUACAUGCUCAAUUGCUCCAAAACUGCAGAUAACACUCGACUAGAGAUAUACACUGGAAGUGCACAAAAUCAGCCCCUCAUUAAGGAGUUUCUGGAACUUGAGCCCGCGACACACAGUCCCAAAAGGAACAAAGCUGACAAGAAUGAAGAGACUUUUAUAUUUUUCGGACAGUGGACUAUACCGCGCAUUUCAUUGGAAAUGGAAAGCUUUGGCAAUGGUAAACACCGCCGCGUAACGUUAAACUUUGAGGAUUUGCUAUUUAAUGUGGACAGACAUGACAGCUUUAAUAAAGUGACUGCCAAAGUGGAAACCCUGGACCUCAACUACUUCACAGCCAAGUCGCCUAAUGAAUGGACACAAAUGGAUAGCUUUCAGAUAAAUACGCUUGGCGAUAGCUCCAACUUGCCGCUGCUCAAUGUCGUCAUAACCACAGUCAGUCUGAGGGACUUCUAUCAGAAAAUUGGUGCAAGUGAUCUGUUUCACAAAGAACGUAGCAUAACGGAGCUGCUCAUUGAUGUGCAACCCAUCGAAAUGGUGCUCGACCUGGAUCAGUUGACCGAGUUCUGUAUACCGCUGUGUGAGCUGCUGGAUUACGUGCGUAAAAACAACCCUUACCAAGGCUCCAAUGCAAGUCGACCCUCUCAAUACAAAGAUACAAUUAAAACCGUGCAACAAAUGCCCAUAGUACAUUUAAAUAGCAAAGGAAUUUUCAUUUAUGCCCCACUCGAGACCGAGAAACAAUGCUGCAGUGUUUUAGUGCUGCAGAUUGAGAGCAUUAGGCUUACACCAAAUUUGGAGAACCCCUUGGUGCGUCAGCUUAUACGCCCGGAUAUCUAUAGCAAGGCCGCCGAGUUGAAUAUGCUACACACACCCGGCUCCUUGGUGGAGGAUCGUCAGUAUGAACUAAGUGUGCGCAAAAUAUCGUUAUCCUCCGGCAAUUGGCAGCAGACGCAGCAGCAUCGUAUGGCCGAGACACGCGCCAAUGAAUACGAUAACCCAGCGUUUGAGUGGAACAAUCAAUUGGGCUCCGAUGCGCUCUUGAAAUGGGACAUAUUCAAAGAUUUUGAUUUUAUAACCGUAUUUGCGCCAGCCAUUAGCUAUGAAAGGUUUCUAGUUUGCGGCCAGAGCAUUGAGUACAAUUGUGUAUCCGAUUUUGUGGCUUCGCUGAAUUCACCACAAAUUAAUCUGAUUUCCUGUUUCAUAGUGCGGGUCCAACGCUUGCAAGGGAUAUUAGAGGAAAGCUGCUUGAAGGAUUUACGCAGCGUGUCAACUUCUAGAGCUAACAGUAGCGUAUUGAUACCAAUGGAGAGAAAAAAAUUACACUCCAUCAUGUCGCCACCGCGAACGAACUUUCAAACGCCGGAGACGAAGAGCAGCGAAACAUUUGUCGGCUCCUGCCAGAGUGACUCUGGCAUUUACAUAGCCAAAGGCGUGUCCAUUAUAUCUUCGAUCACUAAUUCAAUAAUACCCAGAACCAGUGAAUUGAUCGUCAGCCGGCGGUUCUAUCCGCGCAGCAUUUCUUUUGUGGCGGGCAUCUUUGCGUUGAGGCUUUAUGAUGCUGUGGAGCUGGAGCAGCAGCUGAUAUUGCGGCCGCUGAUGCUGGUGACGAUUUCGCAGCCAAGCUUUAUGACCACGCAGAAUCUACGCAAAUCCGUUACGCAGGGCUCCUUGUUUGACUUUACCGUACAUGUGCCCGGCGCGCAAUCACCGCCGACGUCCAUUAGCGAUGAAUGUUUCAGUGAGUCUGUCAUAUUCACAAUGCCCGGCACAUUGGGCAGCUCUGGCAUACCGUCGCCCUUGCUUACGUUCAAGCUGAACCGCGAUCGCCAUCAGCAGAAAGAAAUGGAUCUGGAGCUGCUCAAGCCUUUGGUAAUGCGUCUCUGCGAGAGCACAGUGCGGCAACUGAUCAGCGAUGUAGUGCGCAUCAAUACGGUGCUGCAUGAGAGUCCUUGCUUUGCCCUGCGCAGCGAGCGUCCAGUGGUGCACACGACGCCCCUGCGCCAGCUCAAGCUGACCUGCUUCAACAGGGAUCGCGUCAAUCUGCGCUGUGACAGCCUCACGAUUAAGUUCUAUGACCACGAACGCACCUAUCAGUUCAACGCCAUUCUUCGCGACUUUAAUGGCAAUCUAAAGUUCAAUCUGCGUCCGCAUAAGGCGGCAGUCAAGGCCACGUUGGGCGCCUUCUUUAUACAAGCGGGCGACAAGAUCCUAUUGCAUCCGCUGCUAAUGCGCUUAUCGGCGGAUCUAUUAAGCGAACCUUGGUGCGAUCAGCUGUUGAUUUGCGCCACGCUCAAGCUCAAUGUGCUGCAUGUGGAUGCAGGCGUCUUCACCAUGUUGCAUUUGCGCAAAGCGCGUGCGGGUUUCGAUAGAACUAUGGAGCAUGCGCGCCUCGAGUGGUCAGGCUUUCUACAGCAGCGUCCCAGUCUGGGCAUGCCGGAAGAAGUGUCGCCAGAGCUGCUGGCACUAUACACGCCCUCCAAGGCGGAAAUACAACGCGCCAAGCUGACGCAGAAGCCCAAGGUAGAGUUCUAUCAAGACGAUCUGAGAGCUGGCGCCUUUCAGUUUGUCUACUUGAACUCGGACAACAUGCUGCCCAUGCCGUAUCAGGUGCAGAUCAUCAAAAAGAACUACGGCAUCAUCUGCUGGCGCUAUCCACAGCCACGUCAAAUGAAGCACAUACAUAUCUAUCCGGUGCCAAUGCCAGUGGAUAAUCCCAUACAUAUCAGAUGCCGCAUGGAGUAUUUUAGCGAGACACACGAGACUUUCUUGUACUACUGUGACUUCGAGCUCUCCGAGCAGACCAGCAAGCAUAUCAAUCCACCAGAGCGUCAGAUUAGCGCCAACAUUUGGCGCGUUGUCAUAAUGCAGUCGUUGGUAUCUGUUGAUGGCACUUGCUUCGAACCUGACUCCGAUGAGGAUUUGCAAUCGAUCGACAGCUGCCGCGUGGUGCACGACUUCAAGGGCAAUGUGGACAAUGAUUUUGUGCUGCAUCCCAAAGUGCUGGUGGGCUGCAUGCGCAUUGACACCACCUUCCAGGCAGAGCUAGUGCCAAAGCUGCAAUUUCUGCUCGCCUGCCAGGACAUUGAGCUCAAUUUGCUCAAUCAACCGGAUGCGUAUGAUGUGCUGCCGCCCGAGCUGGACAGCUAUAAGCUCAAGAGCACCACGCAAAUCUCACAAAACUUUCUCACCCUGCACGUGAGCAAUCUGCAGCUGCAUACGGAAAUGUACAAGCCAACUGAUUAUAGCGUCGAGUUGAACUUUCGCAGUCGCAUCAAGUGCCUGGACUCGGGCUUUCUCAACAUGAUCGACGUCAUGGAGCCCAUGAGCUUCCAGAGCUAUGUGCGCUACGUGGGCUGCCUGCGCAAGAUGCAAGCCAACUUUGUGCUGGACAAGCUGCGCUUCAAUUGCAGCGCGUGUGUUAUACAGACGCUGUACAGCGCCAAGCAGCACUGGCAGGAGGUGCUGCAGCAGCGCGAGGAGUUGCAUACGUUGAUGCCCAAGUGCGUCGUCGUCAAUCGCCUGCAGUUGCCCAUAACUUUUGGCCAGAGCGGCACUUCGGAGCGCAUUCAAUUGGCUCCGCAGCAGCUGCGUCUCUAUCACUUUUGCAGCGAUUUUCACACCCAGGAGCUGACCUUCUACGUGGAGAAUCCAGAGACACAGCAGCUGGAGGCCAGCAGCUCAGUGCAUAUAGCAUUCAAGUUUGAGGAGGAGCAGCGCGUGCAUCAGCUGCGCAUUGGCCAGCGUUGCAUAACCAUCAAGCAGGCCAAGCUGUCGGCCACACAGGUGUACAUAUUGGUCAAGGGACAGAUUGAGCUGCUGAGCAUGGUGCCGUAUGAGCUGCUAGCCGAGUUUCGUGUGGAAGACGAGCCAGACAAGGAAGCGCUGGAGCAUGUGCUGGCAGCCAAGGGACGCGCCUCCUUCUGCCAUCAAGUGAUGCGGCAAACAAACAUAAAUAUGCGACUCAACCUCAGCGCUGGGCAGGCCAAGGGACGCACUGGCGACAUUCCACUGAAGACCAACAACAGCCUGCCCUGGCUAGUCAAGGUGCCCACACAGUCGGCACAGCAGUUCAUCAGCCUGUGGGUGCGCAUAUUGCGCGAGGAUAUUGCGCUGACAGGCGUGCAGGACGAUUUUCAGCCACAGCGCAUACUCGUGAGCAUUUGGCCCAUCUUUGAGAUUUGCAAUUUGCUUAACUGUGCGCUGCAGGCCACAGAGAGCAGCACGGAGAGGCCUUUGGCCAUUGACGCCGCGGGCGGUCGCCUGGCGCUCAGCACAGCCACCACACAUGCCACGGAGCAUCGCGUAAAGUUUUCAUUUCCCUGUGCCUUGGGCGACGCCUCGCAAAGCGAAUACACUUUUAUGCUCAAGACCAUGGACUGGCACAAGUUCUUCCACUACGACGAGCAGGCUUGGAGCAUUGAUCAAGCGCUGCACAAGCUGAGCAAGAAGUCCACAACGAAAUGGCCACUGGACGAUGACGAAGAGCUGCGCGUUGAGCGUUGCAGUAAAGUUCAGAACAUGUGCGAUGUGCAAUAUCGCGUGGGUGCCACUCGUGAGUUCAGCUGCACGCAAGGGCUGGAUAUUGCCGCCUGGGGCAUGUUCAUCAAUGCCACGGAGCUGGACAUAGCCAUUGGGCUUGCCAAGGGGAAUACACGCGUCUCGCUCAAAGCCAACUGCUUGGAAAUGGUGCCAGCAUUAAAUCAACUGUUUACCAUUGAUGUGCCGUUUGGCUCCAGUUGGUUGAGCUCGUCGCCCAUUUGCUUGGAGGACGUCAGCCCAGGCAGCAAUGUGCGGCAUUUGCAGCUGCGCCCCAAUUCGCACAUAGAUCUGGUCGUGCUGCGCAAUGAGGAAGUGGUGCGCAUGCUGCUGGAGUUCAGGCUGGAGGAUGGACGACGCGUGUUCAAGCUGCGCUCCAAGUUUGUGCUAACCAACUUCACAGAUGUGCCGCUGCAGGCGUUGCCGCUGACCAUGGACCACAAGGAGAGCUCCAAUCGCGAGGAGGUGACCAAGCUGGACUUCAUCAGGCGGCUACGCACGCUCAACUGUGUUGAGCCGCUGCAGCAACCCAUUGGCAUCAGCACAAAUGUGUUUUUUGAUUUGAAGGCGCGCAAGUCGAAGCACAGCAGCGACACGGCCUUUGUGUACUUCAUCUGCUUCACAGUGCUUGGCAGCCAGGAUAUAUCCAUACCCAUACCGCUAACGCUGCCAUUUACGCGUCGCUGCUUUAGUCUGCAGCAUGGCAGCGAGUCCAUUGCCUUGAUCGUCACGUUGAUUGAAAGACAAAAUGUUUAUUAUCUGAGCGUGUUCAAGGACACGGCGCCAGCGAUUAUCCUAAGCAAUAACACCAAUGUCAAGUUUGUUGUGGCCCAGACGAGCGCCUCGGGCAACAGCAAUGUCUCCUGCACCAGUCCCGAGCUGGCGAGCAAGCACUUUGACUGGAAUCAGCUGGUGGCGCCCUCUAGCAAAUGCUACUAUACGCCACCCCAAAUGUACGCCAACUUUCCGGACGUCGACUUUACAGUGUGCAAUCUUUCCUUGGCAGUUUACAAUGAGCCUGGCGCAAGUGGCAAGCGUAAGUACAGCUGGUCCAAGCCCAUACGCACGGACAAGUCCUGGAAGAAGUUUCUGCAUGUGCCCAGCCAUGGCGACGUUAAGGUCGUAGUCUGUGAUAAGCACCGCGUUAUACGCGUCAACAUCUACUACAUAGCGCAGCAGCUGGAGUUUUCUGUCAAGGAUCUGCGCUCGCGCUUCAACGAGGCGCCGACAUCGCAGACGCCGCGUGACAGCGAGAUCGAGAAGCUGCCGCUGCGGGAAGCGGACAGCGAGGCAGCGCUGAUAAGCGUUGAUUGCGCGCACUUCAAGGAGGAGUGUGACCCUAAGAUGCAGCUGCAGCUGCGUUUGCUCAUCAAGAGCUUCGUCUUCAGCCUGCAGACGGCGCAUGCGGAGCGAGACUAUCUAAAGACCGAGGUCUGCAAUAUGUAUGCGGAUGAUCUGAUGCUGGUCUAUGACGAGAUCGAUGACGAUGACCAGCGCUCGCUGCGCCUACUCAUGCCCAAUCUGCAAGUGGAUAACCAGCUCUACUCCAGCGGCAAAUAUGACUUUCCCGUGCUGCUCUGCGCUCAGCAGUUGUACAAGCGCACAGCCUGCCUGCCUCUGGUCUACGAUCUGAAUGCGGUGUACGAGCGGCAAGCGGCGCAAACUCAACCCCAGACGCUGCUCAGCUUUGUGUUCUACCAGGACGAGCUGGCACUGCAGUCGGUGCACUGUCGCUUCCAGCCAUUCCGUGUGUAUAUAGAGGAUGCCUAUCUCAAUCGUCUGCUGGACACGCUGGUCGAGUGCGAGCCAUCCAAUUGCACUUACACGCCGCGCGUGCAAAGCUCGCGCAUGCAGCUGGCCUUGGGUCAGACGCUGUUGCCAGAUCUGGUGGUGACGCAGGCGUUGUACAUAUCGGAGCCACUGCGUCUGAACAGCUUUUGCGUGGAGCCGCUUAGCCUGCUGCUCUCGGUGCACACAUCCUCCAGACUGUACAUAGCAUUGGAUCACUCCCCGCUCUCCUUUUCGCGCUACGAGCGUCAGCAGCUGCUCACGGUGCCGCUGCGCUUUGGCCAAUCCCUGGGUCUGCAUUAUCUGAGCGGCGCCAUUUUCGGCGCCGGGUGGGUGGUGGGCUCACUCGAAAUCCUUGGCAGUCCCAGUGGCUUGGCGCGUUCGCUCAGCACUGGUCUGCGCGAUUUCAUAUCCAUGCCAGUGGAGGGAUUAUUCCGCGGACCUUGGGGCUUUCUGGUGGGCGUUACGCAAGGUUCGGCGUCGCUGCUGCGAAAUGUAACAGCGGGCACUGUCAAUUCGGUUACCAAGCUGGCGGGCAGUGUAGCACGCAAUCUGGACAGAUUAACGCUGGAUUCGGAGCACAUUGAACUAACCGAGGCGCGGCGUCGUGCGCGUCCACAAGGCUUUGCCGACGGCCUUACGCAGGGCUUGACGGGUCUUGGCAUAAGUCUGCUGGGAGCUGUGGGCGGCCUGGCGCAUCAUACGCUGGAGGCGCGCAGCUCUGUGGGCGUCAUCGCGGGUCUCACCAAGGGCAUAGUUGGUGCCUUGACCAAGCCGCUAAGUGGCGCUGCUGAGAUGCUGGCGCUCACCGGACAGGGCGUGCUGCAUACAGUUGGCUUCAAUACCAUGCCGCAACAGGUGGAGCCCAGUGUGACGCGCAAUGUGGCCUUGCACUUUAGCUCCUACCGCAUUUGGCGUUUCCUGCCUGCUCAGCUAAGCACGGAUCAGAUCCUAUUCUUCCAGGAGAUCUCCUUAAAGGGCACUGAGCAGCUGCGGCCGGCGCUGCUGUUCUUAACGUCCACUGUGCUGGCCAUCAUGGAGCUGGAGUGCGAUGUGCUGACCUUUGUUUCGCCUGUGGCCAAGGUUGAGGUCGUGCCAGAUCGAGAGGAUCCAAGCAAACUCUACUUGAGCCUAAAGACCGAGCAGAGCAAUGAGCAAGGCCAAUUAAAUUAUAUCAACGAGCGCAUCAUAAGCUUUCUGCAUGCCUCACGCUCACAGGUGAUGACCAGCAGCAACUCACUGAGCGAUCUGCUGCAACUGCCGGACAGAGAUCAGGACGAGCGUGUGCAGCGGCAGUCUCAGUGCACUUUAUAUAUCAAAGCCAACAUUGGUGAACAUCUCGUGAACUACAUCAAGGUCAUCGACCAAAUGUGUCCCAACUAAAUGUGCUUCACUGUAUUAAAAUUGUAUAGCCACCAAA